AUGAAGGAUACUGACAAGUGGACACCGUCUCUUAGGGGCUUUCUUUUGGGGCAAAUUAGGUCUAUAGUGUCCCAACUACAGUCAAAAGGCAAAAAGGAUUUUCUGGCUCUUCCCCUUAAUGACUUCUUUUCCACACUGAGCGAGGUUGAGGGCUUACGUGUCAAAGUCAAUUGGCUAAAGAGUCGUGUCAUUGCAUCGAGGGACUUAAAGAGGGCAGGACCCUCUAUUCAUGCUUCCUUGUCUUCACUCCAUGAGUUGAGGGCUAAAGAAAGCUCUUAUGUCAACAAAGUGAAGGAGACAAAGUCAACUUUAGAGAUUUGUGAAGUGGAGAGUCAACAAAUGGAUGCUCCUACUACUGAAAAUCUAGAUGCAGUAAUUAAUAUUGAUGAGAAUGAAGAAUCUAUAAAAAAUAAUGAUGUCAAACUUGAAGAAAAUCCAUUUAAACAAAAGAAAAGGAAAAGGACUUCUAUGAUUUGGAAUGACUUUAAUGAAAUUAUUCUUCCUGAUGAAACAAAAAAGGUUCAAUGUAUUCACUGCCUUAAAAGACUUGCCUAUAGUAAUAAUGGUGAAACAACACAAUACCAUAGGCACUUGAAAGGUUGUCUAAGUCGUAAACUAGCUAAUAAGAAACAAAAACAGUUAGCUGUAAAUGAAGGUGGGGUGGAAAGUGAGGUGGCAAUAGCAAACUUUAAGUAUGACCAUGCCAAGGUCAAGGAAAAGGCUUCACAUAUGAUCCUUGUGCAUGAAUACCCUUUUAAUACGAUGGAGCAUGAGGUUUUUAAUGUUUUUAUGAAAAUUGCUACUCCUUAUUACCAGAAAAUUUCACGCAAUACUGCAAGGAACGAUUGCAUUUCUACUUUUGAGUUGGAGAAGAAAAAAUUGAAGACUAUGCUUGGUAGUUCUUUUCUUGAUUGGGGGCUUGAAAACAAGGUGUGUACAAUAACCUUGAACAAUGCUAACAAUAAUGAUGCAACUGUAAGAAUUUUGAAAGAUGCUAUCAAAAGGAAGCUUAUGUUGGGUGGCAAGAUCUUUCAUGUACAAGAUGGGUUGAGUGAGAUUGAAAUGAUGAUUGAAAAUAUCCGUGAAAGUGUGAAGUAUCUACUUGCAUUAGAAGCUUGUCUUAUAAAGUUUGGUGAGAUUGCAAAGCAAUUGCAAUUACCGUCCAAGAAGUUGAUCUUAGGUUGUCCCACACAUUGGAAUGCAACAUAUGCAAUGUUGGCUACUACCUUGGAGUUUAGAGAGGUGUUCCCUAGGUACAAAGAUAGAGUUGCGGGGUAUAAUUGGCUGCCUAGUAAUGAAGAUUGGGAUAGGACAGAACAUGUCUGCAAUUUUUUAUCAGUUUUUGAAGAAGUCACAAAUGUCAUAUCAGGAAGUGAAUAUCCAACUGCAAAUAUAUUCCUUCUUGAGGUUUGGAAGAUAAAAGAAGCUUUAAAUGAGAAGUCACUUGAUGAAAAUGAUUACAUUAGUGCUAUGGCAUGUAAGAUGAAGUUAAAGUUUGACAAAUAUUGGGGUGAAUGCAACUUUGUAAUGGCCAUAGCUGUUGUGUUAGAUCCUCGGUUCAAAAUGACUUUGAUAAACUUUUCUUUUCCAAAGAUCUAUCAAGGGUUUGAAGUAGCUAGAAACAUUAAUUGUGUUCAUGAUUCCUUAUAUGAACUUUAUAAUGAAUAUGUUGCGCACUAUACUUCAAGCAAUGCUGGACAAAGUGCAUCUAAAUCCACUAAAGGUAGUAGUAGUGUUGGUGACAAUAAUUCAAAGUUUAAAACCAGAGGUAGAAUGGAGUUUGAUCAGUUUGUUAGAAAUGCUGAUAACAUACAACCUCUAACGACCCCACACCAACUGCGAUGUGGGAUUCCAUAG